UAUAAAGCUGCCCUCAAGCGGACGCUGGCGCAGGUGGUCCCUGCUGACGAUCUGGAUGACCUUGCUGCUGAUGUCGCACAGCAGCUCUUGCUGGACGAGGUUGACUGCUCAAAUUCUCUGCUACCCUUGUCGCUGGCUGAGCUUGCUGAACUGUCUAUAGCAGAUGUCUUCGGAUCUGUACUACAAGGCUACGCUCAAGCUGAUUCGGCCUUGUACGCCAGCUUCUUCCUCGAGCAUCUACACAAGGAAACAGAGCCCUCACCUGACAAGUCGAGAUUGUCGACUACGAAACGAGCUCGACGACGAGCCAAGACUGAGUUGGCUACAAAUACUGCAGUGAUAACAAGCGAAGCAAAUGACGAGCUACCACCAGACUGCUGUGAGCUAUGUGAGCGAACCAUGCCACUCACGGUUCAUCACUUGAUCCCCAAAUCCGAGCAUUCACGCUUGCUGUCACGACAGUCUGCCAGUCUUACAAGAUCAUGGCUGCUUUCUUCAGAAAACACAGCAGCUGUCUGUCGACCGUGCCAUACAGCUAUACACCGCAUCAUGAGCAAUGAGCACCUGGCAGAGCGUGGCAAAACUAUUGAGGCCUUGUGCAAAGAUGAGGAUAUUCUCAAAUGGAUUACAUUCGCACGGGGACAGCGGACAAGCGAUCUCAAGACGGGUCAUCACAAAGGUCUCAAGUACAGGAGAUGACCAGCUCCGGGCAGUCUCUGCCUCUUCUCUAGGUCUCUCUUGGCUUCCCAGUUGGUCUUUGCAUUUUGAGUGUGAGAUUUGUUGAACGGCAGCAAACUUUUGACCACCUGCACUUGGGCCCUACUCUACUCAAGCUGAUAAACUGGCUAUGGCUGUGAGAGUGUCCGCUCUAUUCAGCUCU